UGAGUGAACGACAAAUCUUCGGCUCUUGCAGAACACUCGAGGGGGGUUGGGACGAUUUUGUUUGAGCGGUGUGUGAUUUUGCUGCUUUAUGCAUACGAAAAUUCUCGUGGACUGUGAUCAUCGCUCAUAUUCAGACAGUACAAGGGGGCAAGCAUUGCGGAGAAGCGCAUUUAUGGCUGCUCAAAAUAUGAGCACUUGCCUUGUGAUUCGGGCGCCUAACCAAAAAUUUGGAGACCAACAGGUUUAUUGUUCCUUGGACUGGUCCGUGCAACAGCUCAAGCAGCACCUUUCCAAUAUCUACCCAAACAAACCUAGGCCAGAAGAUCAGAAGCUGAUCUAUUCAGGACAGCUCCUAGAAAAUGAAAUAGCCUUGAAAGAUGUGUUUCGCAUGGAUCUUGGAAAGACUCACAUUCUUCACCUAGUUUGCAGAACAGCUGGAGAUUCUUCUGAUGAUUCACAUUCUCCCAUUUCUCAUAUGGCUACAAGCGAGCCUGAUUUUGAAAUGGCUGAUGAUUCAACAUCAAAUGUGCCUUCAACUUCAUCUGUGACCUCAGCUUCAUCAGCUAUCAACAAUGAUGAACUUCGGCACAGAAGCACCAGCUCUGGUGGAGUGCCAUUGCCUAAUGGUCAAAUGCCUUUUGCUGUGGGAAUGCCAGCAGGAGCACUAAGCCCCGAGCAGCUGAUGCAGCAGUUGGCUUUUGCUCAGCAGUUGUAUGCUCACUACUUCACUCAAUACAUGCAGCUCAUGCACCAGGCAGCGCCUCCCCCUGUGGUCCAAGCCAGUGCUCCAGCUCCAGCUAGCCCACAAGCUGCAGCACCUGCUGCCCCUGCUGCACCUGCUGCUGCAGCGCCGCCUCCGGCACCACGCGUUGCCCCAGAGAAUCGAGGACCUCGCAUGAAUGCCCAAGGAGGCCCACUGCUGGAUGAAGAGGAAGAGGAAGCAGCUCAGCGUGACUGGCUGGACUGGAUUUAUACUGUGAGCAGGGCAACUGUCCUGCUUAGCAUUGUCUACUUCUAUUCCUCCUUCGGGAGGUUCCUUGUCGUCACUGGAAUCGCUCUGCUUAUGUACCUGUACCAAGGAGGCUGGUUUGCAGCUCUGUGGCAGCAGCAGGAGCUAGAGCAGGGGCACGAUCAGAACCGUGAGAGAGAGGCGGACCAGCAGCAGGCAGACCACCCGGCUGCAGAGAUUCAUCCACAGGGACAAGCUGGCCCAGAGCAGUUUGAAGAGGCAAUGGACCAUGAUGGCAAUGAUGCACCGCCAGAGCCUGGGGUAUCACCACUCACAACAGCCUGGACGUUCGUGGCAACCUUCUUCACCUCACUCAUUCCGGAACAGCCACCACCGGUUAACGCCAACUGAAGUUCCUCCUCUAUCAGCAUUUCCUUUCUUUCAUGUUAGAUAGAGUCCCUUGGAUGCUUAUAGAGCUGUCUGAAUGAAGUGAGUGUUCAAGACAGUCUUGUUGACAUCUGUCCUUUAUGAAAGCUCGUGGCUUUCUUGAGGAACACACCAUUCGUAACAUUAGAAAAAGAAAUGCGGGCCAGUGGUGUGUACCACAUAUCAGAAAUGCAUCAAGAGGCAGGGUUUAAAAAAAUAACUGUUUAGUAUUUCUUUUCUCCAGAAGCUGCUCCCAAAAGUUGGACUGUUUCUGUCUUGCUACGUCUGAUCUGUGGAUAAUUUUCUUGGUGGCCUAUCUAGAGGGCUGUUUUUUUAUGUGUGUUUGUGCAAUAAUUAUGCAUCAGGCCCAUUUUUUUGUCUGAGCAAGUGUACAGUGUAGCAUAGCAGAAUCUCGGUUAUAUGAUCUUGGUUUCAAGGUGAUACCAAUUUGCAAGAUUCUCCGAACAAAAUUGCAUUUUGUGUGACGCUAAAAAAUUUGAAAAGUACAAGCAUUUGGGACACAAUUCUAGGGGAUGAAAUCCAUGAGCUGCAACGUCUUGCAGUAGCAUGGUUGGCAGGCCAGUGGUGCCUUCGAGUUUUCCUGUUGCUGUUAAGGAGGCAAGCUCUUGUGCAUCGUUGGCAAGCUCUUAUUCUCUACCUCGCAGGUGACAAAUUUGGGACUUUUUAAACGGCUGGGCAAGUCAUAACAGUGAAUUAUUAGAAGUAACGGUAUGACCUGCACCAACUUGUGCAAAACUUUUUUCUGUUGUCUUGAAUGGUUGUGGUGAUGACUCUGGCUCUGACAGUGAGGCCGCUGCCAAUGCCAUGAACACCGUUUGAGUUUCAUGUAUGAUUUGUAAGGUGUAAUUUUCAGAUUCUCACAAAAAAAAGGUGCAUGUUCAAAUUAAGUAAAUAUGUAUAUAAUUUACUUUUAGCUGUCUUGUUUGCUCAAAACUAUACCAAAAAAUGUCAUUUUUCAUCAAUGAUAGCAUGUCUUUAACACAUAGACCACCCCCUAGUGCAAACACUACAGCCAUUUCAUUCACAUAGUAGGACAAAAGAGAAUCAGUUUGUAUUGCAUUCUUUGUCAGGAACCUAGAGUACAGGAAGGACUACAGACAGCUUGCACGCAACAUGAGCUCUGUGUUUGGUGCAAACCUUUUUCGUCUGACUUUCCUGAUUGCUAGGUUCUUUAGAAAGAUUUCAUUUGCAAUCUAUAUUGCCAUGGGGUCAAGUGUAUUUGUAUUGACUGGUCAAGCUAAUAUCAUAGAGUGAAGGUCAAUUUUAGGACUAUGACAAAACCAUUGAUUCCUAAGAUAUGUAUGGAUGUCAGUCGAAACCACCAGUGACAAAUUAACAAGAGAAAGAAUUACGUAGAAGUUCAGUGUGCACGAUAAUUUGAAAGCAAGAAGAGACUCUGAAAUAAAGAAAGCGACAGCAGAGCAAAAUUUGGAGCUCUCCUUGCUGGCGACAUGUUCAAAAAUAUUUUUUGCUGCAACACCCUUGAAGAUGAUUACCGAGAUUCUGCUGCACGGAGCUCUAGAGUUUUGAGUCUGGAUUAUAUUGUAUAUUGAAGGUCGCAUUUCUAAUCACAAGGAUGUAAGUUUGCAACAAAUACUAGAACAUUUGUAAAGAGUCAGUCAAAGUGACCACUGUGGGCCUGGAAUUGUCUCUCUUCAUGCAUGCUAUGUUCUUGAGAUUAUGUUCUGCUGUUCAUGAACUGGAAGUUCAUGUGCUAGUUUUAUAGCAUAAACAUUCUUCUCAGCCUGUACAAAACACAUGUAGCCUGUGUGCCAUGUGUUGGAUAGCCACAAUUAGUACAAUGUCAGUUCAAAAGCAGGCACAUCAUCUUUUAAAGCAUGCGACUAUGCUGCUGGCUUAGCAGACAUCACAUUUGUUCAUCUCCAAGAGAUGACAUUGUCAACAAAGGCUUUACACCUCUGCUAAGCUGCUUACAAAUGUACAGCUUAUUUAGGGCAUUGUAAUAUACAGUCUUGUAUAUAUGAGGAAUGACUGAGGUGAGGACAAAAGUGUAAGGUGUGAUCAAAGCAGUUGCACAAAGAUGCCAUUUACUGUCUACUUUUCAUACAAAGUGAUGGAGUUUUUUUUUUUAAUUGCUAUCUGCUUUUGACAUACCACGUCCUGCAAGUUGAAGGUUUACACUGUUGCCUUUUAAAAGGGUGUGAUAGUUCAGCAAGUGUCAGCGCACAUUGUUUACUAGUACACACCCAGGUUUGUCCAAAGCUUAUAUAUAGUAUGACAUGCAGCUCCAGCAGAGAUGCUAGAUUUUAAAGGCAGCUGUUGACGCAGGUGCACAUUACUUUUUUUCACAAAACAGAGCCAGUGCCAUUGCUUGUUAUUUGUCACCAUGCUGGUGGAGCAAGUGCUUUAGCUGGGAUUAGUGGGGCAUUGAGAAAUUUCGCACCACCAAGAAAAUCAAUUUAAUGAAGCAACAUUGUUUAGUUCCCAUUGAAGGGAGGACUUGCUGUAGCCAGUAGGUGUGCAAAGUCUAUGUGAUAACUGUAUAGCAUUUGUUGUUUCUCCAUUAAAGAUGCUUCGACUGAAACUUAUAUAAGUAUGUAAAAAUGGAGCACUUGUAUUUGAGGUCCUCUUUUACUCUUUUUUUUUCCACAUCGGUGUUGGAAUGUUAUUGUCUAGUCUGGAGAGGCAUUCAUUUUGCAUACAAAUCAGAAGGGAAGGUGUGGCAUUGUGGUGCAGAACUAUUGUGGUGUUUCUGUGUAUGCUCCCAUAGUGAGCGAAUUCGCAUGUCUACCCUCCAUGUACUGCCAUUUGUCAAGUAGCGUAAUGCAAUUUGUGGAACUUGCUGUUCCACGGAAACUUUUACAGCCAUGACAUAUCUUCUGCACUGAAUGCAUUGUUGUUGUCAGCACUUUCCAAGCGCUUUCUAGUGGUGAUAUCAGUGAUAAGGUUACUACCUCUCCAUUGAAGUUUGGUCAUUCCUGGAAUUGCAUCACUAUUGCGGCUUAAAAUUAUCAUGGCAGUACUCAAAUGUGGUUUUUGCCAGAAUGAACGCUUGCGUUACCACUCUGCACGGUACGGUAUCACAAUGGUAGACUUUCAUGCAAUUGUGCCUUUUAAGGGAGUGUAAACAGGAACAGUAAAAAUUCAUUUAUUUCUGCUAUACCCUCUCCCAACAAAGAAACAUCAACCUUUCCUGCAGUGUGCUUACUCCAAAGCUUGCUACUCCUAUAUACUUUUGGCUUCUUUUCUAUGUUUUUUUUUUGCAGUUAGUGCACUGGCUGGCACAAGUGCUUCUGCUGUGUAGGAGUUGCUGCACAUUACCCAAAGAAUGUGAUUUUUUUUAUCUGUACAUAAUGCUAGUCCUUUGUUUCCUUCAUUUUUUUUUGGUGUAAUAAAUUUUCUUGCACAGUGACCAUUUUCACUGUGCAAAUUGACCUGAUAAACAUGCCUUCAAAGUCAUCAAACAUGUUUUUACGUGUGGUUCUUGAGUUGUGCUAAGCUUACUAUCACAAAGGUCACUGUAACUAAACUGACAUUUGGCCUACUUGCUUUGUGUUCAUCUUAAAGGAAAAGGCAGACUCGCAGACACCUAAGGGGGGGACGAGGGUCUUAAAAUAGCAGAACACUGUAAAAAAAAUGCUGACUUUCAAAAAUUACAAUAUGAGGUAUUUAUAUUCAUAAGUAUGUUUUGGAAAACUUUUAUAUUAUGGCAAAGUACCAUUUCUUUUUGUUAAAAGCUUAAUAUAGGAAAGUACAAAUGUUUUUAAAACUGGAGACCUAAUUUUUUUGGGAUUGUUAUUUUUGUGAAGUGAGUCUGCCUUGUGGAAGUUUUUAGCAAGUUUCUCUAAAGAUAUCUAAACAAACUUGGUACCAUUUUUUUCCACAGCAUUUUAACUACAGGCUAAAGCUUUUCUUUUUCUCUAACCUUAAUAGAAUUGUAGUUGUAUGAUACAUACCAGCUAAUUACUGGAAGCUCAUUUUUACCUGUCAAGUCUAAAAAUUAUUUCUGAUGAAAGAAAUAUCCAUUUUGACAUCUAGUUUGUGGGAUGACAUCUAGCCUGUGGGAUGAACCUGUUAGAGAAAACAUGUAGUUUCGAAAAACUAGCUUUUUUAUUGCGAGUUAUCAUAAUGAUUCGUAAGAAAUCGUCUCAUUUUAGUGUGCAAAUUUGUAAUUAUUUCUUUUUCUAAAUGAGAUAUUGGAAAUCUGUUUGCAGAUUUGAAAUCUCCAUUCAAUGGUACACAUUCAUAGUAAUUCUUAUGAUAAUAAAAUGAUAAAUAAAAAACAUUUUUUAUGACCCUCGUCCCCUCUUAACUACAGAACAAAAUGUCUGUAUUGAAGUUUUUUUUCUUUUAGUCAGUGUCUGGGGGUGAGCCUUUCCCUUGAAGAUGUCUCAAGUUUUUUGGCAAGGAAUUCGCUUGUGCAGACCUUUGAAAAUUAUUUGGAUGUUAAACUUUCAAAAUAUUGUGCAGCCUUGCUUGUACUACCUAAAGAAUACUGCAAUAAAAUUUUGCUUUAUUUCAAAUGCAAAA